UUUGUGUACGACAAAAAAGCAGGGGGGUUUUCAUACGGUUUCAGGGAAGUGUCUUCUCUCUCCGAGAUGACAACAACAAAAAAGCACGGCGUCUAGGCUAAUGGGGGGAAAUACCACUGAUGUUUAUAUUGCCUCUUUUCUUCCUUCCUUCUUUCUGUUUCUACUUGUUUAUCUACCUAACCCAAGGUAUCCUGUUGGAGCGGUUUCGAAGAAAAAAAAAGGUUUCUCUUCCAUCUGGACAUAUUACUGCCGAGAAUGAAUGCUUUAUUGUACAUGGCUACUACCUCUUACUCAUGUUUACGAAGUCCUGUCAACCCGUUAGUAGGUACUACUAUUAUCUAGACGUACGAGAUUCCGAUAGUGACGUUUUUGGUACUGACUUUACGAUGACGAUACUUGCGUAACGGAAGGAUAGGACGGGGAUUGGAAGGGGGAGGGUAGGGGCAGGGGCUAAUGGG